AUGACAGAGUAUCUCCGAGUCCACACCGAACGCGGUCGCCUCAGCUAUCUGCCCGACGAGCCUCAGCGCAGUAAUCGCCACUCAGUGUGCACCUCGACUCCUUCGGCCUACCUCCAGACCCGAGGUCCCAUCUUCAACCCUCGCAGCCGCCGGCCCCAACGCAUCCACAUUGCCCGCGUGCCUCCCGAUUUCUCUGUCAUCCGUCGCAAAUCAAGGAGAAGCCGACCAGUGGUCAUAGAAAAACUGGCAGGCCCACGAGAGAACGCAAAGCGUUUCCUGCGCUCCUUCAUCGCCUCUCACGGCGACAAGGACAAGACCUCGCCCUCUCCCACCCGCGCCCCCAGCUUCGGCAGCGGAAUCAACGAGCCCUCUUCGGCCGAGGGCCAACGCGCUGUGAGCUGUGAUACCAUGCGCACAAUGCCUCAUCCCGCCGUUGGUGGUCCAGUCAGCGGCAUGGUUUCGAGACCGGUGCUUGCGGAAACCGUGCGUUCGGCGUCUGGCCGAUCCAUUGGCAGCAGAAAGAGCGUGGUGUCCUCCAUCACCCAGACCAUUCCCGAUGACAAGCCCCUGGCCUCGGGCAACGGAAUUAGCGUCGGGAUCGCGUUAGCCGAGCCCGUCCUCUUCUUGCAAGGUUUUGAGCAAAACGAGCAUUCGGAGAGAAGCACUGCCAUGCUGCGCGGUAGCCUGCAUUUGAGGGUCACGAAGAGUGCCAAGAUCAAAGCGGUGACGCUCAAAUUCAAAGGCAAGGCCACCACCAAAUGGCCCGAAGGCAUCCCCCCGAAGAAGACUGACUUUGAGGAGACGGAUCACAUCAUGAGCCAUACCUGGCCCUUCUUCAACGCUCAAUUCCCCACCGCCGAACACGGCAGCUGCGCCGAUCACGUGGAACUUCACGAGCGGAAAGAGAGCACUCUUCAAGUGCCCAUAAGUGGCAAGGAUGGAAAGCUAUCCUUCGACUUCUCCCGUUCGCCCAUGAACUCAAGUACGAACCUCAGCUCCAAGGACGCGAAGCGGCUCUCGUUGCAAGUCAAUCAGUCCAGAAGUUUCGGAAAGGGAGAGUCAUCAUCUGGCGGCCCAUCCGUAGCCCAAAAAGGUUACCGAACCUUCCAACCGGGCGACUACAUCUACAACUUCGAACUGCCGCUCGACAGCCAUUUGCCAGAGACCAUUGACGUCGAUCUCGGCUCUGUGAAGUAUGAGCUCGAAGCGGUAAUCGAACGGUCAGGUGCAUUUAGAGCCAACCUUGUCGGGACCAAGGAAGUGGUUCUCAUCAGAGCACCUUCAGAAGGCUCUCUCGAGCAAGUUGAACCUAUUGCAAUCAGCCGGAAUUGGGAGGACCAGCUGCACUACGAUAUUGUCAUUUCGGGCAAAUCCUUUCCACUCGGGUCGCAUGUACCGAUUGCCUUCAAACUCACGCCGUUGGCGAAAGUGCAAUGCCAUCGGAUCAAAGUGUUCGUUACGGAAAACGUCGAAUACUAUUGCAACAACAAGCGUGUGCAUCGGAUAGAACCUACACGAAAAGUCCAGCUCUUCGAAAAGCGAGCCGACGGCCCGGCAAACAGCACAUAUCCAGGAAGUACCAUGAGAAUCAUUACCGGGGGAGGUGUACCAUACGAUCAGCGAGCCGCUGCCGCAAGGGGGGACAUGGACAACAUUAACCUGCAAGAUUCUACAAAUCUGCUCGGCAACCUCGACGGUGAGAGCAAUAUAGGACCGACUGAGAUGGAAUUCAACGUGCAACUGCCGAGUUGCCACAACCAGCGCGAGAAGGAUCAGAAGCUGCACAAGCUGCACUUUGAUACGACAUAUCAGAACAUCCAGGUACACCACUGGAUCAAGAUCGUCAUGCGCCUGUCGCGGCCCGAUCAGAAUGACCCAGCGAAAAGACGGCACUUUGAGAUUUCCAUCGAUUCGCCAUUCCACAUUCUUUCGUGCAGAGCAACACAGGCAAACACGGCGCUGCCGGCGUACACAUCCCCUGAGGCGGGGGAGAACAUCCACACGAUGCCGGAGUGCGGGUGUCCCGGGGCACCCGUUCGGCGCGGGUCGCCUGCAUCAUUCAUCCCGACGAUCAACGCGCUCAACAGCGCGCGCACGCACAACAGCGUGCCAGAAGUGCCUAGUCCCCAGCUGGCUCGACCGCAGCAGGCCCACAUCGGUGGACCAACGGACCCACGUCUUUCACGACCCAUUCACCUCCUGCGCCAGCCGUCGUUCAAUCCGCCAGCGUUCGACGACGAGCAGCCGCCACCGCCUCUUCAGACCCCGCCGCCGCAAUACGACAGCAUUGCCAGCCCGACGUCGGGGCUUGCCGACUACUUCUCGCGAUUGUCAGACGCGUACGACGAGGACAGCGACGGUGAAGGGGAAAACGCACGGACGCCGGGGCGGGUGGAUGUGCCGCUGACGCCAGGCAGUCGAAUCAACCGCAGCAUGGACGAGCGGCGCACUUGGCUGCCGCUGGACAGGUAG